GAUCAAUCAUCGUCUCGCACGUUUUCUCCGUCUUGUCCUCUUCCCCCUUCCUGCUCGUCCAGCAUGUGGAGACCUGCUACUCGCGAGGUUACGGGAACCAACGAAACGCCGUUGGGCAACCGUCGUCGCUUCGGACCUGCACCUGCGGAGGAAACUGCCCCCCCUCAGCUUGCACAGCCAUCUCCAUCCGCUUAUCCGCGUCCCCCUACCCAGAUUGACAGAGAUGGCUCGAGGAGUGACCGAGGAGAGACACCGCAGGCUACUAAUGGUUCGGCUGACCCUAACGCACCUCGCAAGCGCCGUAGCCGCUGGGGUGAAGCCAAGAACGAGAUCCCUGGAUUGCCGACGGCUAUCAAUGCCAAUGGCGUCUCGCAGGCUCACCUUGACAACUAUGCGAUCCACCUCAGGCUGGAAGAGAUCAAUCGCAAACUUAGGCUGAACGACUUCGUUCCUCCGGAGCGCGAGAGAUCUCCUUCCCCGCCGCCGACUUACGACGCGCAUGGUCGCAGGACUAACACUAGGGAAGUCCGCUAUCGUAAGAAGCUAGAGGAUGAGCGCAUUCGCCUCGUCGACCGCGCCAUGAAGAACGAUCCCAACUUCCGACCUCCUGUUGAAUAUCACCAGCAGAAGCGUUCCCAGCGCCCUUCGGAGAAGGUGUACAUCCCCGUCAAGGAGUUCCCGGAGAUUAACUUCUUCGGUCUCCUUGUAGGCCCCCGUGGUAACAGUCUCAAGAAAAUGGAGAGGGAUAGUGGCGCGAAAAUCAGCAUUCGAGGCAAGGGCAGUGUGAAGGAGGGCAAGGCGAGACCAGAACAGUACGCUGAAGAUGCCGAGGAAGAUCUCCACUGUCUUGUUACUGCUGAAUCAGACGAGAAAGUCACUCUCUGCGUUAGAUUGAUCAACAGGGUCAUCGAAACGGCUGCUUCUACCCCCGAAGGUCAGAACGACCAUAAACGUAACCAGCUUCGCGAGCUUGCUGCACUGAACGGAACUCUUCGUGAUGACGAGAACCAGAUCUGUCAGAACUGCGGCGGUGUUGGUCACCGGAAGUAUGACUGUCCAGAGCAGCGUAACUUCACGGCCAACAUCAUCUGCCGCGUUUGCGGGAGCGCAGGGCACAUGGCCAGAGACUGUCAAGUUAACAGAGACCCCAACGCUAUCAACAACACUCCUCCUUCUUCUAACUCGAUGGCGAUGACGAAGGGCGGUUUCGACUCCGAGUACGCAAGUUUGAUGGCGGAGCUCGGAGAGGGCGGAAAAGGUCCUGGAGACGGUCCCAAGAACCCUUGGAUGGGAAGCGCUGGGCACGAUAUCACUGCGGGCGGCUCCAACAUUCCUCCCUGGCGCCGUCCGGAAGUCUGGCAGAGCAGCGCCGUACCUCCUCAGCAGAACAACGGCUAUCGCCCACCGCAGGGUUACGGCGGCUAUGGCGCUGCUGGCUACAGUGCCGCUCCCGGUCAACAGUGGGGCGGCGCCGCCGCUCAAGGCGGAUAUGCAGGCCAAGCCGGCGGUUACUACCCCCCACAGGACUACUCAGCCAACUACGCUCAGUACUACCAGGGCCAGUACGCUCAGCAGCAAAAUGGCACCCCGUCUCACUAA